GUAGUGGAAGCGGCUGCAUUGUUGACAUGAACUAAUUCUAAAUUAGUGUAAUACACAGCUAGCUUGCUAAGUAGCCGCCAAACUAGAAAUAAGCUAAGGGAAAUGAUUUAUGUACCACAGUCUGUAUUUUAAUCAAGACAAUAAGACAACAAAGCCGCAAUGUUUUUCUUUUCUGGACCUUUAAAUGCUGCAACUAUCAGCUCCGAGUUUAUAGACGCUCAACGUUAGGCUAGAUAGGCUAAUGCUAGCAAGCUGUUUAGCAAGUUAGGCUAAGGGCUCUUGAAUUAAAAUAGCUAUCUAGAUAGUUUACAACUUGUCGAUGGUUCGUAAGCAAGCGGCCAGUUCCUGGUACAGUGUUAAAGUUAGUAUAACGUUACAGUAAUAACUGUUUACAGCGUUGUUGUGGUUUGUAGGUGAUCGAAUCGGUUGUCCACGGCACUGUAACUUAACCCAAGUUGUAAUUCCUCGCCCGUGUUAGGUUAACUAACCAACUAGAUUUCUGUUGGUCAGUAACAAUUUCUCAGUACUUCACCAAACGUGCUAGCACGGUCCACUUAGCAAAUCUACUGGAUUGCGUAAUAACGUUACCGUUUAUCUGGCUAGGCCUUUUUAAUACAACUCAGAAUACAAAUUCAUUCACAGCUCGACAGCUUAGCUGGACGGGCGUACGGUGUCGCUUUCUGUGUUCGGGGUAAUUUCGCUGUGGCGCGUAGCCUGUCAUCAUGAGCUAAAGCUGACAAAAUAGCUGAGCUUCUUUAGCUGCGCUGUUAACUCGAGCUCCGUCUAGUAGCUAAGCUAGUUAACCAGGUGUCAGUGAGACUGACUUGCACUCAGCUUUGCAGGCUAACUUAGUUAAGUUUCCGUCUGGGUCCUCUCUGGGUUUAACUGUCUUUUACAGUGAUUCGCAAUGUUCUUCAGUUCGUAAGAAACCCAGUACAUUUCCAUUAGCUUGUCCGCUGCAGAGUCUGGUUAACUACGCUGUUAUUUCAUGAGGUUGAGAAGGAGAGUGGGGAACAGCCAUGAUGAGCAAGUUGAUGACACUGAUAGUCCUGUCUGUGUGUGGCGGUGGAAGAGGAAGAUGACAGUGUAGUGUAGAGGGGGAAUGAGCUCAUUCGGAGUCGACCAGAAGAAACUGCAACUCGAAGUACUGCUAGAAAAUGCCCAGAAGAAAACAGUCAAAUCCGCAGCCUGUGAAAUUGGGAUCUGAGGAUGGUGUUGGUGGUGUUAACCCAGAGAGCCUGGUCCUCGAGAGUGAUUUUCUCCUUGGACAAGAUUUGGCGUUUGGAGAGAAUGACUACAAGAUCAUAGGAUUUGAGAAAGACUCUGUGACUGCUGACAUGGGAAUUACAGCAUAUGCCUUCAGUGAUGAAGACUGCUCCAGUUACAACCACCUCAGCAUGGAAAGUGACUUUGAAGACCCACGAGACACUGAGAGUGAACGGGAGGAGAUGAGCAGGGAUGCUGGCUUCACAGCCUACCUCUCCUGCAGGAGAUGCGGCCAACUUCUUGGGGACCCUCUUAGUGGAGCUUUGGACAUAGCAGGGCUCUACUGCCUCCGAUGUGAAGGUGAAGAGAGGAGCACAGAACAGGAGGUUAGACGGAAAGAGGAGGUUCUGCCUGCGGAGGGCUCCAAAGAGAAAGGGCACAAAGGGAGGUCUAUGGCCAAUGGCACCUACAAAACCUACUCCUGCAAACUGUGCAGCUUUACCUCACGCUACUCCAACCACCUGAAGCGGCACAUGAAAACGCACAAUGGUGAAAAGCCUUACAAGUGCCAGCACUGUGCAUAUGCCUCAGCUCAACUGGUUAACUUACAGAGACAUGUGCGUACACACACUGGGGAGAAGCCUUAUAAGUGUGACUAUUGUACAUUUGCCUGUAACUCCCUUGGCAACCUUAAGAGGCAUCAGCGCAUGCAUACUCAAGAGAAGUCCAACAAGUGCAGCCAAUGUGAUUUCUGCACAAGCAGUAGCCAGACCCUAACGAGGCACAUGGUGAGCCACAAGACAGAUGUCUCAACACCCACAGUGGAAGAGGCUGUGGUGUCUGAUCUGACUCUGCACAUUAGUGGUGAUCCAGACUUCCUGCAUAGCUAUGGCAGCCUGCGUGCCGAACGUCAUGCCCCCAGCCUGCUAGACACAGAGGAGCUGGGCCAGGAGCCAGAUCCUGGGCUGCCCGUGCUGCUUUUUCCCUUCACCUGCCGUGUUUGUGGCUCAGUGUUGGAGGACGAAGAGGGCGCGGCCACGCAGAUCUGCGGCAAGUGUGCCCUGGACAUGCUGUCUAAAGGCUCCCCCGCCAGCCCGGACAAAGGAGACAAGCUGUACUCCUGCUCUUCUUGCAGCUUCAUCACACAGUACCCCAACCAUCUAGCCCGUCACAUGAAGACUCACAGUGGAGAGAAGCCCUACAAGUGCACACAGUGCAAUUAUGCAUCAGCCCAUUUUGACAACCUGAAGCGGCACCACCGCGUGCACACGGGCGAGAAGCCCUAUAAGUGCCACCUAUGCGACUAUGCCUGCGGAAACCUGGCCAACCUCAAACGGCACGAGCGCAUCCACUCAGGUGCCAAGCCCUUCCAGUGUGGCGUGUGCAACUACAGUUGUAACCAGAGCAUGAACUUGAAGCGCCACAUGCUGCGUCACACUGGCGAGAAGCCUUUCAAGUGCCAGGAGUGUGCCUAUACCACAGGACACUGGGACAACUACAAGCGCCACCAAAAAAAGCAUGGCCAUUCCACUGAAGGGUGGAUAAAAAUGCCAUUACCAGAGAAGGAAGAGGAAGAGGAGGAGGGGGAGAUGUAGUAGAAUAAUGAAAUGUGGAUGAAGUCAGUUCCCCCUUUUAGGAGCUCUUGUCUCCUGCUCUUAAAUUCUAACUGAUGUUGCCUUAAUAUUUUCACAAAACAAAGGGGCAGGCUACACAUGACAAAAGUGCAGUUUUACAUUUGUGCCUUGUAUAGGGUUCUGGAAAAUAUCCGUAGCAGUUAACUAUUAUCUGUCUUGCACAGCCAGCAGUCUCAGUAAAUGUGUCUGGAGAUUGGUUGUAGACAAGCUUUGAAAGGGGUUCAGAAAGACAGUACAGCAAAUAAAUUGCAAGAGACAGGCAAGAAAAGCACAGCUAGCUUGAAUUAGGUGAAUUUUCUGCAACCCCCUGCAUUGUUUGAGCUAGACUGCAUUUGGCAUACAGACCCUUCAGAUCAAAUUUAAUACUCAUACAAAUUUGAUUUAAAGAAUUUGAGCAUUGUUGAAUCUGUCUGCCAUUAUCGAUUGUAGAUCAAUUUGAUGAAAGACUUGAAGACUUUAGUUCUACACCUCUGUCCUUAUACAUUCUCUGUGAAUUACUGAAUGAAAGAGUAUUGCAAUAAAUUGAAUUACUCACCCUUUCCAGGUUGAUGCAGCAGCUAUUUGUAUGUUUGUUUGUUUUUUCCUCUGUAAUGGAUUUGAUUACACUGAAAACCUCUGGUGGCUGCUAAAUUAUGUAGAUGCACAAUGACAGUAAUGUCUAGGUGCCUUGUUUGGGAGGUGACACACACCAUUCCCUGAUUUUACUGUAUCAGGUGCCACUGCAACAUUGCUGCACUGAUGUUUUAGGGGGGUGGGGGGUUCGGUUCCUUAGCCUCGUGUUUUUUCCAGGGCACUAGAGGGACACAUGGUUCUUUCUAUAUGUGUGUGUUGGUUUUUUUUUUUUUUUUUUGUGAUUAACUUUCAAAUCAUGUUUCUUGUUCAUUUAGUUGGCAUGAAACCUACUGUGAAACGAUAUCCAUGAAAAGUGGUGGGCCUGUAUUUUUUGUUUUGUUUGGGGAAGAAAUGUUUUUUUUUCUUUAAUCUGGAGUGUGCAGAUCUGCAAAUUGAGAGGAAAUAAAAGGGACCACUUUUUUUAUUUUCAUCACUUUAUUGAUGCAGUCACAGAUGUUACAUUUCUAAAACGUAUCUGUGUUUGUAGGUGUAGAUGGUUAUCAGUUUCUGCUUGUUGUGCAUUGUAUUUUUGUUACACAAAAGGGCAUAGCAUUUAUAAAAUGGCCAUGAAGAUCGUUAAAAAAAAGUCAUUCAAUGAUAUCAGGGACUACAUUAAGACAUUUUAUGCAUAAUAAUGAACAUGUGAUGUUUGGUUUGCUAUAUAUUGUUCAAAAUGAUUAUUUAUGUACUGUAUAUUAUUUUUGUGGUUUGCCUUUGCUUUGUUGGACUGAGGACUUGUCAAGUGACCUUUGGCUUUAUAAUAAAACACAUUUUUUAUUUUUUA